AUGUAUCGAAUGUACGAUGCAAUGGCCAAAUCCCCAUCUGGUAUCGAAAGUGGUGUUUUGCAUCAGUUUGGACAUUUCGAUCAAUGCUUAGAUCAGCGACAUUUUUAUUCGAAUGCAAACGGAAAUGGAUCUAGUGAGCUUGUAGUGCGUUCAAAAUAUUGCUUAGUAGAUAUAAAAAUGGAUGGAUUCACAUUGCAAACGGUGGGCAGUCGUCAAAAAGAGGCCUUGAAAAGCAUUGGUGAUGCAGCAGUGGUGGUGGUGUCGCAUUGGGGCGCAUGCGUGCCAGCGUCUUGUGAGCCCACCGAUGUCGCUCUGUUUUUGCAGAACUACUUGCAACGCCCGGUGUUAAGCGUCAACGAAACGGCCUGUCAGCUGAGCAACGUUGGAUCCGGCAGGGCGUUGCACGUCGAUGGUGGAAUGUUUGCUUAUGCUGUUGUGCUAUUUCUGUUUAUUUUGCUGGCUACAUUGAGCACCGCCUAUCAUUGCUACUUGAUUUAUGCGUCGAGAAGUGCCGAUGAUGUCUCGAAACGCGCAUUGCAACAAGAAACAUUGACAAUCGCAUUGUUGUCGUUCUCAGUUAUAGAGAAUACGAAGAAACUGUUUCAGGCGAGUAAAGACCAGAUGGGGCUAAACUCGAUAAACGGCAUCAAAGCAAUGGCAAUGUUGCUGAUACUUGCCGGGCAUGCGCUGUCGUUUAUCUAUGGCAGUCCCACUUAUAAUGUGGCGUUCGUAGCAGAGCAAACGAAAUUCCCCACAUUUGCAUUCCUCUACAAUUCCCUAUUAUUUGUGGAUACGUUUCUGUUGUUGAGUGGUUUCCUGUUCUGUCGCAUUAUGCUGGUCGAACUGCAUCGUCGUCGUGGUCAAAUAAAUCCGUUGAUUUUGUACAUUGGCCGCUACAUUCGCCUAACACCGGCCUAUAUGGCAAUUAUCGGCUUCUACAUGACCUGGUUUCCGAGCAUCGGCAGCGGUCCGUUAUGGGCAGAGCGCAUCAGACGUGAGCAGGAGCGCUGUCAGGCGUCAUGGUGGCUUAAUAUACUCUAUGUAAAUAAUUAUUUCAACACGGAUAAGUUUUGUAUGUUCCAAUCGUGGUAUCUGUCUGUCGAUACGCAACUUUUCUUCAUUGCGCCAAUUUUCAUCUAUCUACUAUUCAAAAUGCGAAAAUAUGGCCUUCGCUUGCUGAUUGCAGCUGUCGUUUGUACCACAGUUAUUCCAUUUGUGGUGACAUUUGUGCGGCACUUGGAUCCAACUUUGUUGGUCUAUUCAGACGAAUUAACCGACUUGGCCAGUAAU